AUGGCUAGCCAACUCAAGGUAUCGGACGUUGAGCUUAUGACUAUAGGCUAUCGCAACAGAACGAUCCUUGUGUUUUCAAUCUGCUUCCCUUUGGCUGUCUUGUCAGUUUCUCUCCGGUUUUUGAGUCGCGUCUUGGCUAAAAACCCCUUCUGGUGGGAUGACUGGUUCGCGCUGAUUGGCCUGCCUCAAGUUUUCCAUCCUCAUGUUCUACUGGAGAAUAUUUGGGCAAUCGAACUAUAUCCGACGGUCUAUCUAUUACAUGGGGGUGUGCAUUAUCUUGUGGUUCAUCGCCUCAGUCAGUGGCCUACUCCCUUGCUGCCAUUCCCGUAUGUUGUCGCUGAUGAAUAUCAGUUUCUCAUCUCAGCCCUUCAAUGCGUCCCAGUACAAGCAAAUUGGGACCCGAUCGCGAAACAACAGCCUGGUGUCAAAUGCGUUGACUUGAAUGGGUUUUUCUUUGGCACGUCGAUUCCGAAUAUUAUGGCCGAUUUAUUUCUGGUUGUUCUACCGAUUCCACAAGUGAUUAAACUCAAGAUUACCACGGCUCAAAAAGUAUUCGUUAUUCUGUUUUUUAUCCUCGGUGGUUUUGUUGUCAUCACCUCCAUCGUUCGACUGGAACUAAUCACCACAGUCAAUUUCGCAACCUUUACCGUCAAUUUCUCUCACGUGAACGCGGUUGUAUGGACCAUGGUCGAGAAUUGUUGUGGCGUUAUCAGCGUCUGCCUGCCUUCACUCCGACCCAUCAUCAGAUUCAUUCCUUGGAAAGCCUUCCAGAAUGCCUUUAUACGCAGCAGCCAGGACUCGAAAUCUCAAUCUAAGCAGUCAGCAAGAAUGGAUGCAAAUAUCUUCGGACGAUCCCGCCAACGAUCUCAAUGGAGUCAGAUUGAGUCGACAAACGAGGGCCGGUCAGUAGCACAGCCUGGCAUUACAAAACAGACCGAGAUUGAAGUCAAUUCCAUUGAGAUGGGUUCAUUAUCGAACUCGAGUCAAGUGCGACUUGCAGGGGCCGCGGACGAUUCCAAGCCAUGA